AUGGAGUAUCCCUUCAGCCUCUCAACUCUGUCGCCGGAGCCCAACCUCUCUGUACCCAUCUCGCUGGGCUGGGGUCCCAACCUGACUUCCGGACAUCAAGUCCCGGCUCCGGGGCCACCGCCGUCACAGUCGCCGUCGCCGCCGCCCGGGCCGCCCAGCCGCCUGGUCUACCUGGGGGUCAUCCUGGUGGUGUCCGUGGCUGGUAACGCCAAGGUACUGUGCCGCCUGUGUGGUGGCGGCGGGCCCUGGGCGGGUCCCAAGCGUCGCAAGAUGGACUUCCUGCUGGUGCAACUGGCCCUGGCCGACCUGUACGCGUGCGGGGGCACCGCGCUGUCGCAGUUGGCCUGGCAGUUGCUGGGCGAACCGCGUCGGGCAGCCGGCGACCAGGAGUGCCGCUUCGUGCAGCUGUUGCAGGUAUCCGGCCGGGGUGCCUCGGCCCACCUGGUGGCGCUCAUUGCCCUCGAGCGCCAGCGCGCCGUGAGCCGUCCGCAGGGCCCGCCGCUGCCCGCGCGCGCCCUCGCCGGCCUGGGCUGGCUGCUGGCGCUGCUGCUGGCGCUACCCUCGGCCUUCGUGGUGCGCGGGGGAGCCCCCUCCGCGCCACCGACCGCGCCCCUGGCCGCCCGCUCCUGGUCCGGGGAGCAUCGCUGCCGCGGCAUCUUCGCGCCCCUGCCGCGGUGGCACCUGCAGGUCUACGCGCUUUAUGAAGUCGCCGCGGGAUUCGUGGCGCCGGUCGCGGUUCUGGGCGUCGCUUGCAGCCGCCUGAUCGGCGCCUGGUGGCAGCGCCCGCCCCCGGCCCCAUCUGCUGCGGCCCCCAGGUCGGCGAGUCCUGACCGAGCCCCCGCCCACAGCGCGCUACCGCGCGCCAAAGUACAGAGCCUAAAGAUGAGCCUGGUCCUCGCGCUGCUCUUCGUGGGCUUCGAACUGCCCUACUUUGCUGCCCGGCUGGCAGCUGCGUGGUCGUCCGGACCGGUGGGAGAGUGGGAAACCGAGGACCUGGCGGUGGCGCUGCGCCUCGUAGGGGUAGCUAACAGCGCCCUCAACCCCUUCGUCUACCUCUUCUUCCAGGCGGGCGACUGCCACCUCCGGAGGCGGCUGCGGAAGCACCUGGGCACUAUCUGCUGCGCGCAGAAAGGAAUCUCGGAGGACCAGGAAGGGGCCCAUGGCCACCAGGCGCUCCACCGCCAGCGAUGGCCCCACCCCCAUUAUCACCAUGCCCGGCGGGAGCAGCCACAGAAGGGCCACUUGCGCCCACCGCCGCCGCGCCCACGGCCCAGGCCCUGCUCCUGCGAAAGCGCAUUCUAA